CCUAUGGCAGACCUGCAGAAGCGUCUGACAGCACUCCCUCCGACCCUGCGCACCAUGAAGACAGACUACGCCAGCCUGAAGAGCCAGGUCCGCAACUUCUCCGACUUCUACGGAGCAGCCAUCACCGACGCCAAGAAACAGAUAUCAGCAGCUGUGAGUGAGAUGUCGGAGGCCAACAAGGACCUCCUGGAGAAGUACAGGAAGGAGGUGGCACUGCGGAGGAAGUACCACGAGCAGCUGGUCGAGCUCAAAGGCAACAUCCGUGUGCUGUGCCGUGUGAAGCCGGUUCUGAAGGAGGACCAGCAUGAGGAGGGCCAAUCGGUGGUGGUAACCACGGACCCCAACAACGAAUCAGCUCUCUCCGUGCUGAAAGGGCAGGGCCGCAGCCAUAACUUUGAGCUGGACCGUGUCUUCCACCCUCAGGCCACUCAGGAAGAGGUCUUCCAGGAGAUCGAGCCCCUUGUGACAUCCUGUAUAGAUGGAUAUCACGUCUGCAUCUUUGCCUAUGGGCAGACUGGCUCUGGGAAGACCUACACCAUGGAGGGCAGCACAGAGAACCCAGGCAUCAACCAGCGUGCUCUGAAACACCUGUUUAGUGAGAUGGAGGACAGGAAGGACAUGUGGACGUACACCGUGACUGUCAGCUCUGUGGAGAUCUACAACGAGGUGCUCAGAGACCUGCUGAGUAAGGAUGGAGAGAAGCUGGACAUUAAGAUCAACCCAGAUGGAACAGGACAGCUGCACGUCCCUGGACUCAGGCUCAUAGAGGUCAAGAGCUUCCAACACAUCAAGAAACUUCUGGCACAGGCGCGUCGUAACAGGAUCACCUUCGGGACCCAGAUGAACCAGCACAGCUCUCGUUCCCAUGCCCUCCUCAUGAUCACUGUGCUGGGGACUGACCUGGCCAGUGGGGCCAAGACCACAGGCAAGUUGAACCUGGUGGACCUGGCUGGCUCUGAGAGGGUCUGGAAGUCAGGAGCUGAGGGAGAGAGGCUGAAGGAGGCCCAGAACAUCAACCGCUCUCUGCUGGCUCUGGGGGACGUCAUCCAGGCUCUGAGGGGGAAGGAGAAACACAUCCCCUUCAGAAACAGUCGCCUCACAUACCUGCUGCAGGACUCACUGGGCAAGGGCAACAAGACGGCCAUGGUGGUGCAGGUGUCUGCUCUGGAGAGUAACGUGGGAGAGACCAUGUGUUCUCUGAAGUUUGCUGAGAGGGUUUGUAAGGUGGAGCUGGGGCCUGCAGCCAGGAAGAUACAGAGAGGAGGGGGAAGCCAUCAGUGUGACUCAAACUCCCCUUCCUGAAAUCAUCCAACUUCCUGUUCCCAUGGACAACCAGGACUCCAGGGACUCAACAGACACACAGCCAACCAAAUACAUCAACAACAACAAACAACCCCCUCUGCCCAGUCAGCCAGUCAGUCUAUCAGUCUGUCUAUCAGUUCGCCAGUCAGCCAGCCAGCCAGUCAGUCAAUCUAUCAGUCUGUUUAUCAGUCAGUCAGUAUAAAAGCUACCAGGUGUGUAUUCAGUGAGAUUAAAUAUUGAGAAUAUUGCAGAUUCUCUAGUCUACCGAUCAUAAUGUCUGUUCAUGUCAUGCACAGGAGGUUGGUGGCACCUUAAUUGGGGAGAACACAUGGUUUCCAGGUGUUUGAUGUCAUUCCAUUCGCUCCGUUUCGGACCAUAUUAUGAGUCGUUCUCCCCUCGGCAGCCUCCUGUGAUGUCAUGUCUGUUGAACGUUCUGUAACGUUACACCCACCUGAACAGACCCCAGCUUUAACAUUAAACCCACCUGAACAGACCCCAGCUGUAACGUUACACCCUCCUGAACAGACCCCAGCUGUAACGUUACACCCACCUGAACAGACCCCAACUGUAACGUUACACCCACCUGAACAGACCCCAGCUGUAACGUUACACCCUCCUGAACAGACCCCAGCUGUAACGUUACACCCACCUGAACAGACCCCAGCUGUAACGUUACACCCACCUGAACAGACCCCAGCUGUAACGUUACACCCACCUGAACAGACCCCAGCUGUAACGUUACACCCACCUGAACAGACCCCAGCUGUAACGUUACACCCUCCUGAACAGACCCCAAUUGUAACGUUACACCCACCUGAACAGACCCCUGCUGAGUCUAAAACUAUCCUGAUAAAGAAGGGCUAUGACUUGAGGUCUCCGUGACAACGUCAUCAGGAUAACAGAUAAGAGUGAAGGGAUAAGAAGGCUCUACUGUCUCCUGUCUGCUGCUGUUCAGAUAAGAAGUCUCUACUGUCUCCUGUCUGCUGCUGCUCAGAU